UCAUCCAAACCUCAUACUCUUUCUCUCCCGCCGUCGUCGUCUUCUUCUUCUUCUUCCAUUUCCGACGAAACACUCUCACUCUUCUUCCUUCUUCUCCCGACUUUCUUAACUAGUUUAUUUAGUUAUUUAUAAACAAUUCAAGUUCAAAUUUUUGCUCCAAAGGUAGUAUCCAACGUCAAAUUCAUAUUAGAAUUGCAAGUAAUCGUUGUUGCUGUUGUCGAUUCGUCGCAACCAUAUUUUCAGUCAGAUUCUUCAAAUUCGUUAGCUUUUAUUGACAAGAGUUUGAUAUAAAGCACAACUUAUUUUGCCGCGAAAAUAUCAUCACUGCGAUUUAUUCAGCUUUGGUAUUUAGUGUAAUAAACUUCACUUCUGCAUAAACCCUAACAGGAGAGAAUUCCGAAUUUCGCCCACGUUUUUCAAAGCCAACAAUGGACGAGUUAGUCGCCUCUGCAAAAAAGGAGGUUUUAGUAGAAAUGGUGAAAUUAUCUCAGAAGAAAGGAAUGGCUGGGAGUAAAGGUUGUUGGAAAGAAUUUCUCAAAGCCCAUGACAAGAAGUUUGGGGCAAGUUUGAGCGAUCCUUCCCGAAGGUCUGUUGACGAUUUAUGUGCCUUUUUGAAGACUUUCUUGCAAGACGAUGAUUUGAAGUUCUUCAAGCAAGUAUUGAAGUGUCAUUCUAACCGCCAAGAUGUGGAACAACUUAAGAAAGAUUCUCCUGAUGAUGAAACUGCUGAACAGAAGCUAGUUCGUUUGACUUUGGAGCAUCCUCAGUACCCUGUAGAUUAUUCCUUCCCCUCGCAUGAGCUGGAAUGGAUGGUUGUAAAAUAUAAAAAGAAGUCAAAGGCAAUGAAGUCUACAGAGAUUAUUGCUAUAGAUUGUGAGAUGGUUCUUUGUGAAGAUGGAACUGAAGCUUUGGUGAAGGUCUGUGCAGUAGACCGCCAUUUGAAGGUUAAACUUGAUAAAGUUGUAAAUCCAAACAAAGCUAUUGCUGAUUAUCGAACGGAUAUAACUGGAAUCUCUGCAAAAGAUUUGGAUGGAGUGACUUAUACAUUGAAUGAUGUGCAGAAGUCCAUGAGGAAGUUACUAUCACAUGAAACCAUUUUAGUUGGCCACAGUCUCAAUAACGAUCUCCAAGCAUUGAAGUUAGACUGCACAAGGGUGAUUGACACGUCAUAUGUCUUCAAGUACGCAAAUCGGACGAACAGAAAACCUUCACUGAGUUUGUUGUGUAAGGCUUUGUUAGGCUAUGAGCUCCGGAAGGGAAGUCUGCACAACUGUUUGGAUGAUGCACGUGCCGCUAUGAAGCUUGUAUUGGCCAGAUUAGAGGGAAAGAUUGAUGAUAUUGUAGCUGAGGAGGUAAAAGACUUGGAUAAGGCGAGGUUGCUCAUACAUAGGGUCCCUGCCAACGUUUCCGUUGAAGAUUUGAAGAAUGUUCUUCCUGGAGACUUUUCUAUUGAAGUGAAGGUAAAAAAAGGAAAAACAUAUUCAGCCUUUGCUAUAUUCAGCACUCAGCAAAAGGCAAUCAAGGCAUUCGAAAAUAUUGACGGUGAACUGGAAAAGGACUCAUGUGGACGGCCACAAAAGCUUGUAAAGUUUGAGCUUGAUUCUGGAACAACUGGUUCAUUUUAUGUAUGUAAAAUUGUUGCUGACAAUUCUGUUGGCGAUGAAACAAAGAAGAGGCCAGCAGAAAAUGACAGUCUUGGGACAGCGAAAAAGCCAAGAACAGAUGAAACUUUGGUACAGCUUGAGGAUUCUAAUAAAUGCUUGGAUCAUUGCGAAAUGCAUCUGAAAGAGAUCGUAAGAUUGGAGCAAGAGCUAAGUCAAAGAGAAACUGAAAUAUCGAGCUUGAAUAAAAUAAUUGCUGCACUUGCAAGGAAACAAGGACUCUAGAACAGUUCUAUGUUAAUGUCUGAGAGCAGGCUUGCUUUGGACAAAAUGGUGACAUCUAUUAACGAAAUAGGCGAUUUUACGAGGUCUGUGAUUGAUCUUGAAAGCCAUCGGCCCCUUCUGUGAGAAGCAUGGUGAAGAAAGGAGAAGGUAGCCUUGGUGACUAAUUCGCAUUUGCAGCCAGUCAAUGCUGCUUCUGUAUUUUUAGUAUCUUACAUUUUCUUUUCCUUAUUUGGAUUUUUUUUCCAGUUCAUUGAGUUGCUGUAGUUUUGUUGAAGUCCUAUAAUAGGACUAAAAUUUUGAGUGAACAUUAACAUUUUGAGCC